AUGACUUCAACGUCUUCAUCAAUAGAGCUAUGCUCAGUCGCACUGCCUCUCACGCAAUAUCACCUGCUCGAAAUCCCGAACGAACUUCUUCGCCUCUUUGACCCCUCCGCCAAGCCCAAAGACGCCGAACCCGCGGCAAAGAAACGCAAAACCGAACCAUCCCGACUCACCAUCAAAGGUCGAUACGAUGACCAAGCAGUCCUCACUACCGACACUCAGACACUAGCACUUCGAGCCGUGUCCCAGUCCAACUCUCUGCUGCUAUGCAGCAUUGAUCCUACCCCACCCUCUUUCUCCUCUUCUGCCGAUGCAGGAUCUAGCAAGCCCGCUCUGUAUUUGCGCAGCAACGUCACCGACACGCUGGAACUCACACCGGUAGUCCCCCGUCUAGAUCGUCUUCUCGGCCUUCUCAAAGCAUCCCAAUACGAAGGAGAAGAAGAAGAAACACCUCGAUCAGCCCCCAACUCUCGCCCAGUACGAAAAUACACCCUCAAACAGCUGAAAAGUAUCGUCCAAGCCAGCCCGGCAGAGCUAGAGGCAGGGUUGGUGCAUAACCACGUAAUUGAGCUUGACGGCUAUAUGCGUCAUUUGUCCCCAACAUGGAUGGUCUCUGUGCUGCAGAUUCUUAUCUCGCAUCUAGAUUUGCAUGCGCUGAUUCCAGACGCUGUGCCGCUGCAAGAAACUGUCGAAGCGUUGGAGAAAGUGCACAGCAUCCGACCGCAAAUCUCAAACGCUAUCCUUACCCAGUUCUUCGGCUCAAAGCUUCCCUCUGAUCCAGCCAAAGUCGCACUCGAUACCAAGACGAUCGUGCUUUAUCUUGGAGUGCAAUCGCUCAAAUCUACAGCACGAAUCGCUAUCCCUUUAUCGGAUUUUAUGGCGACUUGGACCAACGCUUGUCUCUCGUCUGCUGACUUUCUCACCCAUGUCAACCUGGAUCUUUUGUCGGGCUUCUACUUGCUCUCGCCCUCGCCUGUGCCUGGGGUAGCACUCUAUCCGAACGCAGCUUCAGUAAAAAUUCAGUUCUAUUCCCGACUAGAGUUGCCAGCAGACCCAGCCGCCCGUUUCCAGGAUUUGUUCCUAACAAGAGCGGCUUGGCUAGCAGCUGAUUUGCUCCCAUUCAUCAAGGACCUGGCGCUGAACGAUAAGAAAAAGGACAGCCUACUGCUGAAGUUCACAAGAGCAAGUAAGACAAAAGUGUUGGAUUGGGAGUUGAGUGAAGAGGAAAAGAGACAGUGGAACAAGGAGAAGAAGGUAACAGGGAAGAAUGCUUGGAGGGAGGUUGUGAUGUAUUCUGCUCGAGUGAAGUACUAA